AUGCCGGAAAAGGUUGACGUACCGGAAGAGAAGCUCCCCCCUCCAACCGAGGUUACCAUCCCCGAUCGAGUUACGAGCGAGACUAGGGGCGGAGGUGAGGCUUCAACUACGACUACGGUAAAAGUUGUGACAGCGGAGAAGCCUGCUCCAACGCAUUUCCGCCGAUAUCAAACCCUGCAUGUAUACCAAUUCCGGCACCGGAAGCCCAAGAAGCUCCUCAGCCGAAAACUCGAGCAGUUCUUGCUCCUGGUCCCAUGUCGCAUUAUCGCUUUUGCGGUUCUCAUUGGCAUAGCUGCUGUCUUAGUUCUGUGCGGCGCAUACGGUACCGCCGCCAUCGUCACGUGCAGCGCAACAUCCCGCUUCGCAACGCAAAGCAUCGCAGUCCAGCGUCCGCCCGGCUAUCUCGAAAAUAACGAACACGGGGGCGACGGCGCCUGCAUGCUUGUCGCAACGCACCAAAACGCUACGGAGUGGCAUCUCUUCACGGGCGAGCGCGCCAUCGUCGACACGCUGCUCAACAAAACAAUGUUCACCAUUCCCCACCAGCAGGCCGCCGGCCCCGUCGCGGUGUGGCUGCGCCUCGCGAACGUCCUGCAGCUGCUGGCCAUGACUUUCACGGCGGCGCAGAAGGACUGGGACGGCGUCUGCCUUGUCGCGCUCCUGGUGCUGAGCGUGAUCAGCCGAUGGCGCCUGCGUGAGGGUAGCCUCGCCGGCCGGUGGCUGGCUGACGCCGGUGUGGAGGUGAAGCUGACGAGGUUCAGGUUCUCUGGCCGCUUGGCUAUGGUGGGGGCGGUGGAGAUCUUUGGUGGUACAGGUGUUACGACGUGGAUGGAUGAUAUCGUGGCACCGCAUCCGCGGCGGGACGCCUGGUUGAGGCGGAUGCAGGGGGGGGAUAUUGCGGAUGAUGGUUGGACCAGGCAUGACCUGGCAAUGAUUGAACGUAACGCGAGGCUUUCGGUUGAUGCAGCUAAGAUGAUGGAAAGAGAGCUGAGCAAGGCAAACGCGAAGUAUGACAAAUCAUAG